GAACUUCCCCUCCAGUGAAUAACAUCACAUCAGCACACUACUGUGCACGUUACACACGCUGUGGAUUUAGGAGUGAAAAACUACGAGAGGAUUAAACUGCAGCUAUUAAUCAGAUCUGAAAGGGUGAUGGAAGGAAGUUCACAGUCGUCACUAUCAGAAGAGGACUCUUCCAGCAAAGAGCACUCUUUACCUGAGGAGGAGAACGACCUGCAGUCUGAGCCGGUGGAGGAGGCAGCACAGGGGGAGUCUCUCCUCUCUGGCGAGGAACACUUAACCCUCAUCACAGAGAGCAUGUCCAUCACUUCCUCUGAUGAGGAGAAGCUUCAGCUCCUCAACAAAAACACUGAGCUCCGGAGACUCAACAAAGAGCUGAUGAAGCUGAACGAGGAGUGGGAUCACAUCUAUCACAGCACGAGUGUGGGGCUCCAGCAGCGUGUGGCGGCCCUCGAGGAGGAGAGCAGGGCCCUCAAACAGCUCAACAGCCGACUGCUGCUCAAAGUGGAACAUGAACAGAACAAGAGGGAGUAUUAUGAGCAAACACUGAUGCAGGAGCUGAAGAAAAACCAGCAUCUGCAGGAGUAUAUCAGACUGCUGGAGAGCCGACUGCACCAAACAGAUCUCCAGCAGUGGACUAGAGGAACUCAGACUCCAGAUAUCAGUGGCUCCUCAGACUCUCAGCUGGUCCAGGGCCCCUCGAAGCCGUCUCUGGAUGUACGGUCGACUCCGGGGCUUCCUGCGUCUCCGGGCACGAAGUCCAGUCUCAGACUGACCGGCAUGGGAAUAGAGACUCAAUCUGACCCUAUAAGAGAAGUUCAGGAUCUUAAAGAACAGCUGGAGGCGCUGCGGUGUCAGACAAAGAUCUACGAGGCUGAUUAUAAGACCGAGCACAAGGACCACGAGCGCAUGCUGCAGGAGAACAAGCGUCUGCGGCGCAGAGAGGCGGACAUGCGUCAGCAGAUGACCCUGCUGCAGGAGCAGCUGAAGGUGUACGAGGAUGAUUUCCAGAAGGAGCGCUCAGACAAACGUAUUCUCCAGAGACUGCUGAUGAAGAAAUCUCCAGCCGAGAAAGACCCGGUUCUGGUGCACCGCUGCAACAACGAGCAGGACCGGCCCAGAUCUGACCGGAGGAAGCCCAGAGAAGAGCAGCGCGGGGGAUUCGUGUGUCCCAAACACUGUGAGCAUCACGGCCAGCCGGACUUCCCCUGAACCCACACACACACACACAUUCAUGCUACUCUGUAUCUUCAAAAACUCCAGAGUUUCCUUGUGACUGCUUUAUUUAUAAAAGGUUCUUAUUUUAUUGUAUUGUUGAAAGGACUGUGUUUGUACAAUGACUGUGAGGAAACUGUGCACUUUUCGUCUCUGUGUAAAUAAAUCUGAACCACUUCACUGACUGAAAACACCAAUCUCAAACGAUCCGAGUCAGACAGUAUAGACCGUAAUCUUUAUAAGCACAUUUAUUUUGUCUUGUUAAUAUGUCAACUGACUUAUUGGUAAUAUAUUAACUGACUUUUUACAGAAAAACAAUUCACUUUAAGAAGGAAACGAUUUAAGACAUUUCUGAACCUUUGGCGACAAGGAAGCCCAUGCCUCUGGAAUUCCCUGCAUUCAGCUCAUUCCUUGUGAUAAACUGAUUGUUUUUUUGUUAUUUUGUUUCCAGGAUAUUUGCUCAGUUGUAAUCUCAUUUAUUAAAGUUCAUGUCUGAUUUUGUGGUUCCUCUGUACAUUGCCCAUGUUAUAUAGGUCAGGUUUUAAUGUGUUAUUAUAGCACAUCAGAUUUAUAAUGUUUUUAAAAAAAGUAUUGUUUUAAUAAAACUGCAUUACUAAAGAA